AUGAGACCGCAUGUCAUCCCUCCCCUGCUCCUCCUCCUCGCCCACCAAGUGUUGUCCAUCACUCCCGAAGUGAUUGAGCCCGAGCAGACCAUCACCUCUUCUAUCCUUCCUAGCGAGAUCAAAUGCUACUAUCUCUCCCUCAACGACACUGUAACGCGGGAGAUCGUGUACUGGACAAAGGCAAAGAUGUUCCUUCACCUCGAGCCAUAUAGCGGGACGCCGCACAUGCUCGUGUCUGCGUUGGGCUGCCCUUCCAAUGGCUUUCCGGUGCACUACGAAUAUCAAAAUGCCAUAAGCCGCAAUGACAUGUUGGCGGCGGGUCAAACUCCUCCGCAGGAGUGGGAGUGGGUCGGGGACAUUGAAACUCUUGACAUCGACCUCUCUUACCGCAACUUCUACAUCGAGAUCGUUCAAUUCCACCCUAAGGUUGACUCCAACUACACCAUGACGGAGCUGUCAAGGAAGCUGCGGUUGACAAUGCAGGAUACAAUGCAGAGGCAAACAACGUCGAUGAGAUUGUAUAUUGAGAAAUCGGCGCUUGUUCGUAGAUGUAUUGACUCGUCCUCUCUUCUAGAUUUUUCGAGGCUUUUCCUACCGAAUGACUCCAGCAUGCUUCGCAAGUAUCAAGAAUUGAUCAUGCCGACUGCGAAAUUUCAAUUUUCGGCGAAGAUUCAUGACGAGAAGAGGAUUCCUAAGGAGAAGUUGAACCCAAUCGCAAACGUGCAGUCAACUACCGUCGGGUGGAGUCGAGACAUCACCAAGAUGCCCUCAGCUGACCCCGCGGAGUACCAAAUCUCUUUCUGGCCGCCAACCAGGAAGUCAAACUCGACAACAGCCCGACGACACAUCGACUUCCGCCAGCUGCGGGACAUGCACGAGGAGGAGGAGCCGCUGGGCGAGCAUGACGUGGCCUUGCGGAAGCUCAUGGCUGAUGGGUCGCACGUGCGAUGGGGGGAUGUGGAAAAGAUUCUCAAGGAGGCGGGAUACCAUGACAUUGUCCAAGAGGCCAGCGAUCUGCUCUCCCAUGAAGACAUCAUCUUCCGAGCAAACGUGAAACAGCACCUCCUCGCUCCCUCCCCUCUCUUCGACCUGACGCGGGCUCUCCAGCCGGCCUCGUCCAUGACAGCGUUGUCCUCUCAAAGAAGGCUGAAUGCUCUUGAGGAAGACGAUCGAUCGGCUAGGGGCCUCGAUGCCUCCACACUGCAGGCUGAGCUGAAGAAGACAAAUGAGGCCUUGGAGGCUCUAAAGAGCGUUCCUGGUUUCGAGGAUUCCAUGAGGAGAGGAGCCCAAGAAUUCCUUGAGUUCCAGCAGUCUGCGAGUCAGAGGAGCGCCGGAGAGCGGCGAGGCAGGCGGGACCUCCAGAACGUGACUGAGCUGUACAUGGGAGGAGCGUCUCCUGCAGCGGCCCUGGCUGGGGAUCAGAUACAGCAGGCAGUGCACGCGAUCUCCGACGAGGAGCUGGAGUACAUGAUUUACGUCGUCGACCUCACCCAGAUCAUUCGCGACAGGUGGGGGGUUGUAAGGGACAGCAUCUACAACCAGUACACGAGGCUGAUAGACUGGGAUCAACCCUCCGUCUUCUUCUGUGACGAAAGCCCUCAGGGCAAGUGCGGGAUCUACCAAGUGAUCACCAGGCAAGAGUUCGCCCGGUUGGACGUCAACGGCGAUGGGCUGAUAUCGAAGAGCGAGUACGAAGCCGAAUACAGCGUUGAGCGACAGAAGUACGACAACGGCUUCAAAUCUGGCUGGAACUUCCAAAUCGCCGCCUUGAAUCACUCGGGUCAAGGCAUCGACCUCGCAACGUGGGAGGAGGCGUACAAUGACUACAAGGGGAUCUUCGACGCCUCUCUCAAGGACCCCCUGGUGAGGACCUACUGGACGUCUCUCGGCCUCAACCAGACUGGGAGGCCGGUGGGAGUCACGGGGAACAUCUCAGCUGCCAAUCCAGUGAUCGAGUGGCUGACAUACAAGGCCUUCGAUCAGCUCCCUGACGGCCGGUUGACCCGCAACCUCAAAGGCCUUGACGACUCUGACAACAACGUCUACAUCGUGAACGUGGUUGUCCGCAGCAGAGCUACAGGGGAGGAAGUUGCUUACAAGGCGCAUGUGCUGCAGAGAAGGUCGCCGGUAUACAUGCCAGCUGAUACGACCGGGCCGAAGCAAAAGAGCGUCAUCAUUGGAGCGGUCUCCAGUAUCGUAGGCAUCACAGUAAUCUUCCUCGUCGCAAUCUAUUUCUCUCGCCUCAAGAAGAAACGACCCGUCGUCAAGAUUGUUCACGAGGGACCUGAUGGUCCAGUGCUGAUUGAAAAUCUCUCAAUCCCAUUCGUCGUGACUGACGUGUCGUCCAUCUGCGUUAUCGAGGGAGCUUUCGUGACGAUCCUGGUGAAGGAUCAAACGCACCUCGCCGAGAUGGGGGAGAAAUUCCAGGAUUUCAUCCAGAACGAUUUUGUAUUUAUCAUCUCGGAGGAUCAACCUAAGUUCAUUCCGAGCAUCUGUCACUGGCAGAGACUUUUGGUUGAAGCGCUGGAAUAA